AUGGAUUUCGAAAGAUUAAUAGAAAACUAUUGUAAUUCGUUAAAUUCAAAAAUCCUUUCAAUUUAUCAAACGAAACGUGCUAAUAGAAGCAAAGAGAACAAUGAAAAUGAAAAUAAAACUUUCAAAGUUUCUUCUAAUAAUAAUUUUUACGAACCAGAAAUUGAGCCUAUGUCUUGGAGUUGGGUUUGUGCUAGAGUAGCAGACAUGCUUACCCAUAACCCACAUGGACUAACAGAAUGUGUCAUGUUGAACAAGUUACUUUCAGAAUGGCAAGAUAUAAGUGUUGAAUAUCGAAAAGGCAUUCCGAAAACAUUCUCUCCAUUUCGUACUAUACUUCCACGUUACAAUACAAAAAUUCGAGAUUAUGAACUUAUUAAGGAUCGUCGUGUGAGGUUCAAUCGAGCAUCAUUAUCAAAGACAGCACCUAAAUUAACAUUUUUAAACACUGGAAAUAUAAUAAUUGUAUUAACAUCAAAUGACGAAGAAUUUAUUAAUAAUCUAUUUACUGAUUCAUUCCUUGACGUUACGUCAGAUGAUAUUAGACCUAAAGAGUCAGCGAAUUUAAUAGGAUUCUCUGAUAAAGUGUGUGUAUAUGUUCGCGAUAUGUUAAGUACACGAUGUGCAACUUUGAUUUUAUUGGAUGACAAGAUACAAAUGACAAAUUUAUUUAAGAUGGGAGACUUUUUAGGAAUACAUUGGCCUUAUGUUGAAAGUGGACUUGAAACUCAAGAUGGAAUGAUUAUUCAUUAUAGUGAUUUAACUGUUUUUUUUUGUUUACCAAUGAGUGAACUUUGUAAGGAGGAUAAUUCAAAAAAGAUUAAAGGCGAGCACAUGAUUGAUUACAAAUUUCAUCACGAGCGUUUCUUUAUGAAUCAAUUACCAUCAAGGGGUCUAAAUGUGACCCUUUAUGGAAAACUUGAAAGAAUAUCUGAGAAUGUAGGAUAUGUAUCUAUUACCUUAUGGGGAAAAAUUGGACGUGAAGUAACAGAAUUUCAAGUUGGACAAUAUAUUGUCUUAGAAGGGUUACGUACGUGGAAAAAUUUUGAUGAUAAUUUAGAUAUUAAUGUUAGCACAGCAAAAGGAUGGUUAGCAAUUUCAUCUUUGCGAAAUUGUACAAUCCCACUAAACACCAUUACUAAAUAUGCUAGUAAUACAUACCUUGAUCAAUUCGUUUGUCGUUGUUUAAUUAAUGAUUGGAAAAUAAAUGAAGAAUUAAAUAUCAUAAAAUGGUAUUUGGAUGAUGGAACUGGAGCUAUUUGGGUCGACGCGAUAAGUAACGUUUCGCAGGAUAUUUUGAAUUCUAUCGGAGAUGCAUUAAACGGAUUUUCAGGACAUCUAGGGUCUAAUAUUAAGGGGAAAAUGCUUUGGUAUUAUAGUGAUAGUUCACGAUCACUUGCACAAGCUGAUUGUCAUAGAAUGCUUAUUGAACUUCAAAAUUAA